CCGGCGGCAGUAAAGGCGAUAUUUGUCUCAAGUAGCAGCAUAAACCUGUAGUAAAAAAAAAGAAGAAAACGAUAAAAUAUCUUACUCUGUCAACCUGACAGUCUAAAGUUUAUAUUGUUAGAAUUCGUUUACUUUUAUUCACAAUGAACGUGCCGAAAAGCGGUUAUCGCGUCUUCUCUGCUAACUCCACUGCAGCAUGCACCGAGCUUGCUAAGAAGAUUACUGAGCGUCUUGGCGUGGAGUUGGGCAAGUCUGUUGUGUACCAGGAGGCAAAUAGAGAGACUAGAGUUGAUGUAAAAGAGUCUGUUCGAGGCCAAACCAUCUUUAUCAUUCAGACCAUUCCCAGAGAUGUUAACACAGCGAUCAUGGAGCUGCUCGUCAUGGCAUAUGCACUGAAGACCUCCUGCGCCAAAAACAUUAUCGGAGUUAUCCCUUAUUUUCCGUAUAGCAAGCAGUGCAAGAUGAGGAAGAGAGGAUCCAUAGUGUGCAAGCUGUUGGCUUCCAUGCUUGCCAAAGCAGGUUUAACACACAUCAUCACUAUGGACCUGCAUCAGAAGGAGAUCCAGGGUUUCUUCAGUUUCCCUGUGGAUAACCUGCGUGCUUCUCCGUUCCUAUUACAGUACAUUCAAGAAGAGGUCCCUGAUUACAGAAAUGCCAUUAUUGUUGCAAAGUCUCCCUCUGCUGCAAAAAGGGCUCAGUCAUAUGCGGAGAGGCUACGUCUGGGCCUGGCUGUAAUUCACGGAGAGCCUCAGUGCUCCGAAUCGGAUAUGGCAGACGGACGACACUCUCCUCCUUGCGUGCGCAACACUUCCGGCCACCCAGGCCUUGAGCUGCCAUGCAAGCAACAAGCUCCGUUCCCAGGCAUAGAGCUUCCAAUGAUGAUGGCCAAGGAGAAACCACCCAUCACAGUGGUGGGAGAUGUUGGAGGACGCAUCGCCAUCAUAAUCGAUGACAUCAUAGAUGAUGUGGAAGACUUUGUGGCAUCAGCUGAGAUCCUGAAGGAGAGAGGAGCCUAUAAGAUCUACAUCAUGGCCACCCAUGGCCUGCUGUCAGCCGAUGCUCCACGCCUCAUCGAGGAGUCUGCCAUAGAUGAGGUGGUGGUGACGAAUACCGUCCCACACGAGGUGCAGAAGCUGCAGUGCCCCAAGAUCAAGACUGUGGAUGUGAGCAUGAUCCUUGCCGAAGCCAUUCGUCGCAUUCACAACGGCGAGUCCAUGGCUUACCUGUUCCGCAACAUCACUGUAGAUGAUUAGACUGAGCUGUGACCUCACUGUGGAAGGAAGGUCUAUACUUUCUCCUGGAAGUGCCAGGUUUUCUUUAAAAACAAUUAUUUAAUCCAAGAAUAUUAUUUUAUUUAAAUCUAUACGAAACUAAUCAUUUAAGGCAAGGUUAAAUACAACAUUAAGUUACGUUCAUUUUAGGAACUGACAGUAACUGUUGCUGUUAUACAUCUGCACUAUUAGAAGUGAUACUACAGCACCUGAUACAUAUGCAUAUGAGUCCUAAAGCUUGCUGAAGUAGCCUGCCAGCUAAAGGCAUUUGGUCAGAACUGAUUACUAUACACAAAUAUUGUUUCAGAAAGUGCUUUAAUAAAAAAUAACAAUGAAUGCUUGAGCCAAUAUGACCUAAAACUCUAGAGCUAUAGAUAAGCAUUGUGUUGAUUUGUUGGUUAAGAGCGGAUAGCUCUUAAUUCUAAAAAUGUAAACCUAAAACUUGCAUGUCUUUGUGUCUAAGCCAUGCGGUUUCCGUCAUGUCAUUGUUGUGUACCUAUACUUUGCGACUUGUGCACAUUUUUCAUUUGACUGAAUACAGAGUUGCUACGGUUCAUUUCUCUACCGUUCAGCUCUUUCCACACUCACUUUUCACAGUGUUCUUUGCAACAUCUCCCCAUCACUUCCACUUCCUGUCCGUAGCUUAUUCCUGUUGUGUGGCAUUCAGACAGGUGGUGAGUUAGUGUGACUCUCUGAGAGCGACAGCAGUUGCUUCGGCAACCAUAUUCAAAGUUAUUUCCUCGUUAUUCUUUCGUAUCUGCUGGCUUUCAGCUCAUCUGGGCUGCAUUCCAACUAUUCAAAACAGAUUUCUUUUUUUUUCUUUCUUUUUGUUUGUGAAAUUAUUUCACUGAAGUUGAUUUAUUACCAUAUUUUUGUAAAUAAAGAAAAGGGUUGAAUUUUUAGAG